AUGGAAGUUGAUUCUUUUAUAUCUUUAUCAACUGAUUCACUUGAAUUCGCGGAUAUUUGCGGAUCUGUCGCGACGUAAGUGAUCUGCAAAAUGUACGUAUUCAAUAGAAGAUAGAACAAAAUGUAAAAGGUGAAGUUUAGAUACAGGAUAUAUCUUAUUCGACGCCAUUUUAGGUACAGAAAAGAAGACAACAGAGGAUGCUUCAAUAUAUGUUUUAAGCCACUGUUACUAGCAAUGUAUCGAAAAACGUCCAUUUCCCGUUUCCCUUGAUUAAUUGUAUUUUUCGUGAUAUUGUAGUUAUCGUGAGGCAUUAAACACUUGUAGUCAAAUUCAAUUGUAUAUUCGUUUGUUCGUUCUUUCUUAGCUUGUAUGCAGCUGUCGAAGUAUUGAGAUAGAGUAGAUAUGGAAAUAUCGGCCACUGGUGGGACACCAAAAUUAUUCAUAUGACCGAUGUAGCUUCCUUUCUCGAGUAACAGUGUCACUGCCUCGCGACAAUCAGCUCUGGCUGCAUAAUGAAGUGGAGUAUUUCCUUUGCCUAUACAUUUUCAAAUAUACAUCAUAAGCUUUAUUAUCUUUUUCUCUUUUUUCAGUUAUAAAUUAGUAUGAAAUAACUAUACAUAUAUCUUAAAAGUGAACACAAUUGAAACAAAUUUUUCAGGUGAAGCGAAAACUACUUAGGAACUUACAAAAAAAAAUAGAUAUAUUUGCAUAAUAUUGUCAUUAAACACAUCAAAUAAACUGUAAGAAAUAAUAUUUAAAUAUUAUUUUUAUAAUUUUAUAUUCUUAUAAUUAUAUAUAUAUAUGUAAUACUUACUAUCUGUGCAUCGAACAUCCACAUUUUCUCUCUCCAGGAUCAGAUUUAAGCAUUUUAAACGAUCAUCCAUAUUUGAUUCUUCUUUAGCCGGUAUACCAAGCUCUAAGCAAGCAUCUAACAACAAAUUGUUGUUAACGUUAACAUCAGUCUGCAAUAAUUCACAAAGGAUAUUUGCUUUUUCCAAAUUACAUCCAAUUUCUCUUGUUCUUUUCAGCAAUGUAACAACCGCAUCCUUCAAGUCCUUUUGCACGGCCAUUUCAAUCAGAUCCUCCGCCUUGUCAUUCACCACGUCAUCUUGCAUCAUCUCCAAGCAUCUUAGAAAAUUGAUUUCGUCAUUAGCGCUUAAAUAG